AUGUUGAAGCUCAAAUGCAUCUGGAUCAUCGCAGUACUCUUCACCUCUGCUUAUGUCCUCUCUAUAUUUUCUGACUUGUUGUCCGUGCCUUGUGUUUCAGCCAUAAGAGCUGCUGUCCUGAUUCAGCGAUGGUACCGUCAGUAUGUAGCCCGCACAGAGAUGAGACGGAGAUACACCUGGCACAUCUUCCAGUCCAUCGAAUACUCUGGAGAACAGGCUCAGAUAAAGCUUUAUAAUUUCCUCGGCUACCUCAUGGACAAUUUCACACCAUCGAGCAAUGAGCGGAAUUUGAUCUCGCACAUCUUCAGAGAGAACGAGGUGUGUCGGGACACAGAGUGGGAGAGAUACUUCAGCUACGAGAACAUCGAGGUGCCAGAGAUUUACUCUGGGCCUCACCUCACCUUCCCUCUGACGGUGGAGCAGGCAGUCGGGCUGGUGGAGGCCUUCAGGAACAAGAAACAGCUGCACUCACGCUACCUCCUCCAGCUCCUGCUUGAGACGUGGAAACGGCUCCGGAUGCUGCCAAAUAUCAACCGGAUCUCCACCUGCCACAGCAAAGAAAUCACUAUUUGUGGUGAUUUGCACGGGCAAUUGGAAGACCUGCUGCUGAUUUUCUACAAGAAUGGCAUGCCGUCCUUAGAGAAACCCUAUCUGUUUAACGGAGAUUUUGUAGACAGAGGCAAAGACUCCAUUGAGAUCCUCAUCAUCCUGUUUUCGUUCAUGCUCGUCUACCCGAGCGACGUCUACCUCAACAGAGGAAACCAUGAGGACUAUAUAGUCAACCUGAGGUACGGCUUCACAAAGGAGGUGUUGACAAAAUACAAGAUGCACGGCAAACGGAUCCUGAAACUGCUGCAGAAGAUUUUCAGCUGGUUGCCGUUAGCAACGGUGAUCGACCAGAAGGUGUUUGUGCUCCACGGAGGGAUCUCCGACACCACAGACCUCAGCGUACUCACCAGAGUGGACAGACACAAAUAUGUCUCAGCGCUGAGGCCUCCGAAGAAGAGAUACCAGAGCUCGGCGGGGAUGUCCACCGACUCGGACAUGGAUGAGGACGCCUGGUCCACCGUCAGGCUCUGCCAGCGUCGGCCCUCCCUCACGUUUCCCAAACCCAUAGGAACGCGCCAAAACUUCCAGAACCGCUCGCUGCAGGACUUCUCCAGCCGGAUCAAAGUGGUGGACGACCUGGAUAUCCGCAGUAGAAAACUGUCCGUUUUCAACUUGGGGACUGACAAACCAGAGAAAGAGAUGGCCGCGUCCUCUGACCCCGUCGACUGUGACAAUGCCAACGAGGAGUGGAAACAGAUCCUGGACCUGCUGUGGAGCGACCCGGUGACCCAGGACGGCUGCAUCCCCAACGAGGUGAGGGGCGGAGGCUGCUACUGGGGCCCCGACGUCACCGAGGACUUCCUAAAUAGACACAACCUGCAGCUCAUCAUCCGCUCCCACGAGUGUAAACAGGAAGGUUAUGAGUUCUGCCACAAUCGUAAGGUCCUCACUCUGUUCUCUGCGUCCAAUUACUACGACGUGGGAAGCAACAGGGGGGCCUACGUGAAGUUGGGUCCAGACCUUGUGCCUUAUUUGAUUCAGUACCAGGCCAGCAGCAUGACCAGAGAGCUCACCGUGAGACAAAGUGUGGGGAGAACCGAGCGCUCAGCCCUCAAAGUCCUGCGGGAGCAGCUAUUCGCGCACAAAUCUGACCUCAUCUGUGCCUUCAAAACAUUCGACAGCGAGAACACAGGAUUUGUGUCUGUGAAUGACUGGGCCACUGCGGUGGAGAGUGUGAUGUACCUUGGGCUGCCCUGGAGGAUGCUGUGUAGUCAGCUGGUCAUCUCCAAGACCAGUGAAGGCAUGAUCGACUACCACGAAUGGUUCAACGAGCUCGCCAUCAAAGGGCACAACACGGAUCACAUUGACCAGAGUCUUCUCGAGACUUUGUAUCGCCAUCGCUCCACCUUGGAGACCAUCUUCAGGAUCGUAGACACAGACAAUUCAGGCUUUAUCACCAUCGAGGACUUCCGGCAGACCUGGAAGCUGCUGAGCGUGUACCUAAAGAUGGAGAUCACAGACGAGGCCAUCUCCGACCUGGCCGUCACCAUCGACAGUAACCAGGAUGGCAGCAUCGACAUCGACGAGUUCAUGGAGGCCUUCCGGCUCACGGACAAGAAGAGCCGGCUGGAGCGAGGACGUAGCAUGUUCAUGGGCACAGCCACCGACCUCACCAAGCUGGAGGGAGACCCCAACAUUUGAGUACAGAGAGAGAGACUGAAAACAGAGAGCGACCUCAGCUCAGACUCCUCGCCAGGCAGACAUGCAGCAGGCGGGGAGCACAGGGAGGUGCAGCCAAUGCAAGCUGCUUUAAUGACGCACAUUAAGACGUAGCCUAUGAUGCUGCUGAGCAACAGCCGUGUGGCUCGCAGGGAAUUAGGAAGAGCUAUGAGUUCAAGGUAUUUGACAGCGAAUGUUAAUUACACAUUUUGAAGCGGUUUUAUCCACUGAGGGUGAAACUCAACAGCUUGAAGAAUAAUCUCUUUUAUCAAGUUAGAAUAGUUAAAAACUGUUGCAAAGGCAAAAUCCACAGAUAGAAACAAAAAGUCAUCAUAGCCUACUUUGGCUUCACGAUUAUUAAAAUAAUAAUAAUAGAUACUGUGAUCACAGUUAUUAUGAGGAAUUUAAUAGAAUGAGGAUAUCUAUCAUUAUUUUUAACAAGGGAAAAUGGUUUGAGUUAUGUGAAACACUUUAAAGAUUAAAAGUAACACAGCACACUUUAUUUUAAAUGGGCGAUGUUUCAAUACCAGUCAGAUUUUCAUUAUGUCAAAUGUAAAAUAAUAAAAUAAAAAUGGUUACCACACACAUAGGCUGACAGGCUCUAUGAUGGCAGGUGUGGUUAACCCUCCGACCUGUCAUCACAUAAACAUCACACAGCAAUUAAUUAAGGAAGUAGGCUAUAGAAUUAAAGUACAUCAGUCCUAUUGGGUGGAAAUACGAAGACAGUGAUACAUCAAAUGUAUCAAUAAAUAUCUCAAAAAUAUCCCCCAAACAGUUUUAAAUGACAUGAAAAGGAACAUUCAAAUAUGAGUAAUGAUUAUUUACAUAAUUGAUUAAUCCACCAGGUAUUUUUAUCAAUUACUCAGUUUAUCGUUGGGUCUAUAUAAUCAUUGGAAAACGGUCAAAACUAUUUCAUAGAUCCCAAGGUGUUGUCAUGAAAUGUUUAAAACCUAAAAAUAGUCACUUUACUAAAAUGUUAAGACAAAGAAAAAGAGCAAAUGUUCACAUUUGAAAACCUUAAACAAGAGAAUGGUUAGCUUUUUUUAUUUUAGCAAUGACUUAAACGAUUAAUCAGUUACCAAAAUUGUUAUCUAUUUUUUCAACGAUUAGUUGAAUAAUCAAAUAAUCGUAAUUAUUAUUAUCAUUAGUUGAUUAAUCAACCAAUCGUUGCAGCUCUGGCCCAUAAAAUGUCCCAGAGGCCUCUUCAAAUUACUUGUUUUGCUCAAGCAACAGUGUAAAACCCAACAAUAUUCAGUUUACAACGGAAAAGGAAGCAUCCUCACAUUCAGAUAACAGGAGACAGUGAACCGUUUUCUUCUUGAAAAAGAUCGACUAAUCAUUAUUAUUUUUUAAUCAUUCCAGCCUAUAUAACAAGAUAUCAACAAGAAGCUAUGUGAAAACAAUAUUUUAAUAUCUUAAUAAGACAAAAUUGAAAAUUACAUCAUCAGAGUUUAAAAAUGUGAAAACUUCUUGGGUUUCUCUUUCAGCCGUUUCUCGGUUCAUCGGUGCUGAUUUCCAACAGCCUUUCAUCCAUACCUGAUGUAACUAAAACUCCUCCUAAAUACUUAAGAUACCAGAAACGAAACAAAAAUUACAUUAAAUGAUAAAUAAUAAUUGUGCGGCUCUACAUCGGUUGCACUAAUUAAUUGCAACUAAAUGUUGCUGGUGCCUUAGCAGUAGAAGUGUUUUAACUUCGAGAGAUGAAGUUAAGUUUAGUUUGCACUGAUGAUGUUUUGUGUCAACUGCCAACAAUGUACUGGUCCUGGGGUCUUUAUCUCCGGUGGGAUACGAACCCUCACCUUGUCCAGAACGGAGAACUUGUGCUUUUACUAUUUUGACUUUUAGGAUGUGUGUUCAGUUUGUUGCUUUGACGGUCAGGACAUUUGCUGUAUUUUAAAGGGAUAGUUUGAUGUUUUGGGGAAAUACACUUAUUCGCUUUCUUGCUGAGAGAUAGAUGAGAAGAUUGAUGCCACUCUCGUCCUUGACGAUCCAAUAUGAAG